AUGGGCUUCCAGAAGUUCUCUUCCUACUUGGCUCUUAGCAUCUUAGUCCUGUGCCAAGUGGGCAACCUCCAGGCAGCGCCAUUCAGGUCUGCCUUAGAGAGCCACCCAGAUCCUGCCACACUCAGUGAAGAGGAAGCGCGCCUCCUGCUGGCUGCACUGAUGAAGGACUUUGUGCAGAUGAAGGCCAGUGAGCUGGAGCAGGAGACAGAGGGCUCUAGUGUGACUGCCCAGAAGAGAGCAUGCAACACUGCCACCUGUGUGACCCAUCGGCUGGCAGGCUUGCUGAGCAGGUCAGGGGGCAUGGUGAAGAGCAACUUCGUGCCCACUGACGUGGGCUCCAAUGCCUUUGGCCGGCGCCGCAGGGAUCUUCAGGCCUGA